AACCAUGAUACUAGCUGUGGAAGGCGACAAGUGUGUUAAGACCGUGAAGUUGUAAACAUGAGCAGCGUCCCUACAGUUUGCUUGUCGGGAGGACAACAGAUGCCCAUGAUUGGCUUCGGGACCUGGUCAGUUUGGCAGGACCCAGAUGACGUAGUCAGCCAGUCAGUGAAAACUGCCCUGGAGAUUGGUUACCGUCACAUAGACUGUGCCUUUGUCUACAACAAUGAGGAGGCUGUCGGCCGUGCACUGAAAGAAAAACUCAACGAUGGAUCUCUAAAGAGAGAGGAUUUAUUUGUCACAACAAAGUUAUGGGACACCUACCACGGCACUGAACGGCCCAAAAUUGGUCUACAGAAGUCUCUUGACUGGUUGGGACUGGAUUAUGUGGAUCUCUAUCUCAUCCAUUGGCCAUUUGCAUUCAAGGCAGGAGACAUCAAUUUCCCGAAAGAUGAAAACGGUGAUAUUAUUCUUGAUACAACCACGAGACUGGAAGACACGUGGAAGGGAAUGGAAGCAUGUUACGAUGCCGGCUUGGCGAAAAACCUUGGGAUUUCCAAUUUUAACAGGCAGCAGACAGAGAAGAUGUUGGGGAUUGCCCGAAUAAAACCGUGCAGUAUGCAGGCUGAACUCAAUGUGUACCAUUCAAACCCAGCCUUGGUGGAGCAUUGUCAAGCUAACGGCCUUCAUGUCACGGCAUUCGCGCCUCUCGGAGCUGCCAACAGGCCAUGGAAAGCUGAGACGGAUCCCUGUCUCUUUGACGACCCCGUUAUCAAGAAGAUUGCUGCUGAAAAAAAACAAGACAACGGCACAGGUAUCAUUGGUAGUACAUAUAACAACAGUGUGGUGUGCCUCCGAUAUCUCAUACAACUGGGCAUUACAGUUAUCCCUAAGAGUUCAAAACCGCAAAGAAUAAAAGAAAAUUUUGAGAUAUUUGACUUCAGUUUGACUGAGGAAGAAAUGACGCAGCUAAAAUCUCUGAACAGAAACCUACGUGUCUAUAAUGAAGGAAUAGCCAAAGCUCAUCCGGAAUGGCCGUUCCACGUGCAGUACUGAUCCCUUCCUAUUCCGAUUAGUUAACUGUGUGACCUUGAAGAAGCACAUUGAGUUUAUACCUGUAUCUCAAACAGGAAUCUUCUAAUCCAUGUCACAGACCUUACAAAGGAAUUGUUAUUUUUUUUCUCCACAACCUGACAUUUGCUUAUCUCAAUACUUGAAAAUUGGUUCUUGCAGCUUUGCAUGACUCAUGAUUUAUAUUAGCUAUUUUACAACGCACUGUCUCAGUAUUCACCACAGGUCAACAGCUCAGUGUAUUAGGGGAAAAAACACUUAUUCUGUUACUAUUAAAUAAACUUCACUGAAUCGUC